CGGGGGCAAGCGAGUCCACUGUGUCCGUCCGCGGCCACCUGAAAAGGCGGGUGCGGAGCGCCAGGCAACCGCUGCCGCGCAGCGGAUGUGCCGCCACCGAACGCGCCCCGCCUCCCCGCGCGCGCUCCCCGGCUUCCCUUCCGCGUCCGGCCCGCCCGCGAAUCCAGCCCUUCCCUUCCUCCUCGCGGGUGCGGCGCUCCCUCCCUCAAAUACGUCCCCCGCUGGCCAGGGAUCACGAUCCUGUCGCUAUCGGCCUGGCCGCGCGUGCCCGUGGAGCGUGAAGGGCUGUCGAGUUGACUUGGACGCGGUCGUGGAUGGGCGGGCCGAGCGCGGGAGGCCGGCGGGUGUGGGCGCGGCGGUCGUGCCGGACGGGGGGAGGAGGAGGCGGGGUCGUGAGGCGGACGGUCGCUGUGCCGGAAUCAGCGAUCGGGGCGAGCACGGCCUGGCGGCGAAAGGAAGGGUUUGCUCAUGUGGACAAACAACGACGUGUUCAUGGAGUACUAUUGGAUUUCAGGUGUUGCACUGGAUCCACAAGACAAGAAGAUAAUCUUUUGUGGGAUGUUGUUGGGGAAUUUAAGCAUAAGAGCUCCCACAGAAGUUCUAUAAGAUGUCUCCCAGAUGCACAGAGAAAUGUAACAGAAAUCAGCCAUAUGCAGUCUUCAGUGAUUGUGGAAAUAAAUGGGUGUGAUGCGCCAAGUGGAGUCCUAGCAGAUUCUCAGAAAAUUUCUAUUCCAUGGACAAGAGAGAAUAAAAUCUCCACCAAUAAUGAUUUGUGUCAUGCAAGCAGCACUGAUUCAGGAUUGCCCAUUCGGCCUAAAUAUCAUCUCUUCAAUUCCAGCAACAACGUGAAGAAUCCUCCAGCUGUAAAGAGCUGUAGUAAUAUGAAUCGUUUCAGUUAUCAACUGGUCAAAAGAGCUGAAAGAUCAGCUUCUACAAAGAUGGGUUCAACAAGUCCAAAUUGUUCCCUUUCUGAGAAAAUGUCCUUGCUACAUCAACCACGGAAUGGUGGCAAUCAUCAGAAUCAAAACCGCAUUAGUGCUUUGAAUCGAAGACAUAAAAUUGUGAAUCCUAGAGAAGCAAUCAACCUGCUAAGUAUAGAGAGGGUUCAUGACCAGCCUGAUUCCUCACUGGGAAGACAUUCACAGGCUAUGUUCGAUAAUGCAUUAGUUCGACAAAAUCAACUGUGCUGUUCAGAACAACUCAAUCAAAAAACACCUGAACAAUUAUGGAGCUCUGUAUCCAGUGAAUGUGAGAAGGCCGUAUGCUUUUCCUCAGGUGACAGUGUUGAUGAUUUGCAAGUAUCGUCUUCAAGUGACACUAGUGAUAAUUCUAACUUAUCAUCUCUGGGAUUUGCUAAUGAUCAAUGGAAGAUGACUUUCAAGAAGAUAUACUGCCCUCUUGCUGCACGCCUAGAUUCUGCGCCUGUCAUUUACCACAAAGAGAUAGGUCAGCCUAGUCCAGUAUCUGUUCUUGAACCUCCAUCUGAAGAUUGCUCCAAUUCUGAAAACAUCAAGCGAGAGUCAGCAGAUCCGUAUGAUUUCCAACUGGGACUUGAGCUUGUCAAAUUUCCACCCAUGGAGACUGCCGCAGAGUUCAGUAGUACUGGUGGAACUUGUGACCACUUAUCCUCUGAGAUGGAGUCAAGUAACGAUGAACCUAUACAACUGGUUGACGAUAUUCUUGAAGAAUUUGAAGAUGAAGAGGAGAGAGACUUUUCUUACUUGCUGGAUAUACUAAUUGCUUCUGGCAUUCACGGCACUGCAGAAGAUCAGUUGUACAGGGUGUGUCAGUCUCUCGACCACCCUGCAGGUUAUGAUGUAUUUGAGAAGCUUGAAAAGAAGUAUGCCAAAGUUGUUCGAUGGUCAAAAUCAGAUAGGAAGCUUUUAUUCGAUAUCGUGAACACCAUAUUGUCUCAGAUCCUUGCUCCAUGCUUAGACAUGCAACCUUGGGUAAAUAUUGCUAGGAACUUGGCUCCCAUAUGGGGUUCAGAGGGUCUCUUGGAAAAAGUCUUGCAGGUUUUAGGUCAGAGACGGGAAGAACUUGCACUGUGUAAACCUAAGCCUGAGAAGAAAUCAUUUGAUCAGAAGUGGCCAGAUUUAGCAGAUUGCAUUGAUAGGGCAGGAAGGGAUAUUGAGAAAAUGAUAAAAGAUGAUCUUUUGGAAGAGCUGUUUCUGGAGCUGCUGUUCAGUUAGGUUUCCACAGCCCUAGUAGGUUUUUUACAUUGUUGCGGUUCAGGUCAUUUGUUUCUGUGUUGGUUAGUUUUAGUAGUCAGUUGCAAUUAUUCUUGGUCCUUAAGAUCAAUGUUCCUUUUUGUCAAAGCAGUGGUUGACAGGUUUUUUGGUCUAGUCGCCGUGCUUCCGGUGGUGAUAGGAAAGUUGUGAAUUCUAUUGGAUUAGGUGAUAUGUGUAGUAAAAUUCUUUUUUACCACGAAAAAAGUACAUGUCAAAACGGAAUCUGUAAGAAUGGGAGUCUUUUCCUUUUGUCGAAUGUUGUCAGCAUUGAGAUUUGAGAGUUUAAGUCUGUAAAUGAGGGCAAAUUGUAGUCCCGGACAUAUGUAUUGUUUUUGAAAGGAAGAAUAAGUAGACAUGUUCUUUUGGACAA